AUGCAUGAAACUGUGGAACGCGAUCUUGAGAUGAAAUUAUCAUCUAUUUUUCGAAUGAGUCGUUCAACUACUUUCGGGACUGUUGUUCAGUCUUAUUAUUCGAAGACAAAACAUGUUAUUAUUAAGGAUUUUUUGAAAAUUUAUUCAUUAAAGCAAAUUCGAAAUAUUAAUAGCACGUUGUUUAAUCUUCAUCAAAAUUCAUCACAAGCGGAGUCAUUCACGCCUAAUCCUUCCUCAUCUCAAUAUUCGACAAUUAAAGAGCAAGAGAUACUCAAAUUUGGGCAGUUGGCAAAAGAAUGGUGGUCACCAAACGGACCCGUAAAGUUGUUACAUAGUAUGAAUCCAUUAAGGAUAUCAUAUAUUCGUAAACAAUUAUCAAAGCAUAAUCAUAAAGGAGAAUUAUACAAGGGACAAGAAAACGGGUACGAGACAGCACCUUCAUGUGAUGAGCAAAUUCCAUUUAAAGAUUUGCGAAUUUUGGAUAUCGGUUGUGGUGGUGGCUCGUUGGUUAGAUUGGGUGCAUCAGUAGUAGGGGCUGACGCGUCUCCGGAAAAUAUUCAAAUAGCAAGAUUACACGCUAGAAAAGAUCCAAGAUUAUAUUCUGGACCUGGAACUCUUGAAUAUGAAUGUAUAACCGCAGAAAAAUUGUUAGAGAAUGGAGAAUCAUUUGAUGUUGUGUGCGCGAUGGAAAUUAUCGAGCAUGUGAAUCAUCCAGCAAAAUUUCUCAAAGCGUGUACUGAAUUAGUUAAGCCGGGAGGUCAUUUAUUUCUUUCGACAAUUUCUCGUACUCCGCUUUCGUAUAUCCUAACUAUUUUAUUAGCCGAACGUAUAUUUGGAAUAGUGCCAAAUGGGACACACGAUUUUAAAAAUUAUUUAAGACCUGAUGAAUUGCAAGAAAUUAUUGAACAUGUCCCAAAUAACAACAGUAAUGGUGAUUUAAAUUCUGAAACGGUUGAAAACCACGAAGGGGGUAGCAGAUCUAUUCAGGAAAGGGAACCCGGUAAAUGGGGUCAUGUUAUUGAUAUUACAGGGAUUGGAAUUAAUCCGAUAACAGGGAAAUGGUUCGAGUUUAACCAUUGGGUACCAAGAAGGAUACAAUUAGAUGUAAAUUAUCUAUUAACCGCAAAAAGAAAUUAA